CCCCCUGAAUCUCCCCUCACUUUGCUUUUUCCCCUCACCCAAGUCAGGACUCUAACGCGCCCCGGGAAGCACCAUGUCGGACCAGUCGGCCUUUGACACGGACGUGUGGACGCUGACCCGCUUCGUUAUGGAGAUGGGUCGCCAGGUCAAAGGGGCGACAGGCGAGCUGACACAGCUGCUCAACUCCAUGAUGACGGCCAUCAAGGCCAUCUCAUCGGCCGUCCGCAAGGCCGGCCUGGCCCACUUGCAGGGCAUGGCGGGCUGCGUGAACGUGACGGGGGACGACGUGAAGAAACUGGACGUGCUGUCCAAUGACCUGGUGAUCAACAUGCUGAAGGCCUCCUACGGCACCUGCUGCAUGGUCUCCGAGGAGGACAAGGGCCUCAUCAUCACGCCCAAAGACAAGAGGGGCAAGUACGUGGUGUGUUUUGACCCCCUGGAUGGUUCCAGUAACAUUGACUGCCUGGCUUCCAUCGGUACCAUCUUUGCAAUCUAUAAACGGGUGACGGAGGGCGAGCCGACCGAGGAGGAUGCCCUCCAGCCGGGCAGCAACAUGGUGUGCGCUGGUUACGCCCUAUAUGGCAGCGCCACCUUGGUGGCCCUCAGCACCGGUGCUGGCCUCAACUUUUUCAUGCUGGAUCCAGCUAUCGGUGAGUUCAUCCUGACUGAGAAGAAUGUGAAGAUCAAACCCAGGGGGAAAAUCUACAGUUUGAACGAGGGCUACGCAAAGUACUUCCACCCCUCUGUCAACCACUACAUCAACCACAAGAAGAAUCCCGAGGACGGCGGUACGCCAUACGGCGCACGCUACGUCGGCUCCAUGGUGUCGGACGUCCACCGCACCAUCACGUACGGGGGCAUAUUCAUGUACCCGGCCAACCAAAAAAGCCCGGAAGGGAAGCUGCGCCUACUGUACGAGUGCAACCCAAUCGCAUUCCUGGUGGAGCAGGCAGGUGGCGUGGCCACGACUGGCACUCAGAGGGUCCUGGACGUGCAGCCCCGGGCCCUCCACCAGCGGGUGCCCUUCGUGGUGGGCUCGCCUGACGACGUCAAUGAGUAUUUGACUUUUGUCAACAAGUAUCAGUAAUGAGUUCGUCUUUUAUCAUCAGUAUGCCAAAGGGCUUCCACACUUUGACCAAAAAAGGCAGUCAAACAUUUCAGCUCUGUUUUUUUUUUUAUCCCAAACUCGGUAAAAUUUUACAUUUACUGUUUUUAAGUCAAUUGUUUCUUUGGAUUCAGGGGGUUUUGUUUUAAUCUUGCAAAAUUAUUGUGUGUUUUUUAGCUAAAAUAUUUGUUGUAACUUGUUUUACAACUACACUUUGUGUUUGUGUAAAACAUUCAUAAGUGGGGGUUUUUCUGACAUUUUAAAAAAUGGGAUAUGUAUGGAAGGUAAUAUCUGGCAAUCACUUUAGUCCCUCCCCUCCGUCCUUGACCAAAGCCACGCCCCUCAGCUACGUCAUGCAGCGGUGCAUUUGUACAGUGUACACAAACUGAUGUUAACCACCGUGGCUACAUUGCAAGUUGGAAUGUUGCCAAAACGUUACCCAUUUUAUUAAUUAUUUGCCAUGUACAAUCAAUUAAAAAUACUUGCUCAACUCAC